GCGCCGCGGUGGCCCGCACUUCCGGUUUGUUCUGGAGUCGUUCGAACACGUGUGUGGUUUAAUCCGCUCUGAAUAUAAACCUGUUUUCAGCUGUGAUCUCGGAGAAAUAACUCGAUCGAGUGUGUGAUCGUGACUGUGGAGGGUUCAUCAUGUUCCUGCAGUAUUAUUUGAGCGAGAGCGGAGACAGGGUUUAUACUCUGAAGAAACUGGACCCAAGCGGUCAGCCCACCAGCUCGGCCCAUCCGGCACGCUUUUCACCGGACGACAAGUUCUCCAGACACAGAGUGACCAUCAAGAAACGCUUCGGCUUGCUGCUGACACAACAGCCACGACCCGUGCUCUAACGGACUGACCCUCAGUGCUCCGAGACCACCAUCAGUGGACUUCAUGACAUCUUCACCUUGUUUUUUUUUUUUUAUUGUGAAGAUUUUUUUUUUUUUUUACUAAAAGUAUGCCUUUUUUGUUGUUUACAUUCUCUUUUCUUUAAAUGUUAAUUCAUUUUAGUUACAUGUGAAUUAAUCUUCAUAUGGAAUAAAAUAUAAUUAGUGAUUUGUA